GAAUCACAAAGUAACCAGGGAUGCAGUAGUGUGCCAGUGAGUUGCCCAGAGUUAUGACAGCAUUGUGGAAUAGGCAAUACUUUUGAUGAAAAAUAGAUUAUGGUUGUGAAAUAUAUCAUGACAUUUGUGUUAACUGAAGGCACAAUAUGCCUUCUGUAAAGCAUAGCAUUCACAUACUGUUUGUGCUGGAGGCUUCAUGAAAUUAACUGAGAUGCGCUGGAAAAAUAACAGAUCAUUUUGACAAAUUAUAACUUGUUUACAUUCAACAAAGAGACUAAGACUGGUAUAAUUUAACCAGAGCAAUACAAAAGCAAAAUUAAGACACAAAACUCAAGACUUGUCCAAUUACUCUCGUCGUAGGAAACACAUUAAAGGUACAACCCUUUAUAUACAAUGUGCAUUUUGCCAGCUAGCCAGCUACGUAAUUCCAGCUGAGUUCACUUUGCAUGUUUUCAAAUAUGUCUGUUGCCUGUCAUCUAAACAUGAUAGCAAGAUAAAUAAAUAAAUAAUAAAUAAAUGGCAACAAAUUUAGUUUUUAAUGUAAAUGUAUAAUUCUGUACAUGUGUCAAAAUUACAUAAUCUACAUUAUGUUUGUAUUAUGGCUACAUCAUGUUUUUUGGCCCCUUUGGUAACUUGGGUAGUAAAGGUUGCAUUGGCUUGAAUCAGGGCUGCCAAGGAAAAUGUACCUGGCUAAAUGAAUCUGGGUAAACUGGCUCAUGUCCUCACAGCACUCUUUUGGCAAUCUUUUCCAUGCUAGGAUUUAGCAUCAGGCACUUCACAACAACUGUGAGAAAGUUGGCAACUCUGAGAAAAAGGAGGUAGAUCAUAGUGCACUGUUUAUGAAAUAUUUUAGUGUGCAAUUCAACCCAGCCAAUCAGUGCAGCUGGAAUUGAGGGUGUGCAUACCCUACAAAUGUGAACGAGUCUUUUAUAAAUCUGAGUAUCUUUAAGUUUUAGGAAAUAUUGACUGACGAUGUUUAUAUACUGAUAAUGUAUCACAGGAGGAAGUAUCAAAAUGCCACUUACACCUCUACAACCAUGACUAGAGGUGGAUUAAAGAUAGAGGAGGAGAGAGAGAAAGAGAGAGAGAGAGAUUAAUAGGAUGUUUGAAAGGGCAGCAAAAGAAAAAGAGACAAAGAUAAAAACGUACAGAUAGAGGCGGAUAAUAGAGAGAAAGGUGUGAUAAUAAAACCCAAGAAUAAACCUACCCACAUAACCCAUCUCAACUCAACUGUGUGAUCAGUCAGACACAUUUGAAGUAUGCCCUCACAGCAGAAACAGUUAAACAUAAAGGCUAUGCUUUUCCCUUAUGAUGGUUACCUUGCCAAUACCCAUCCUAAUCAUUAGGACAAGCAUAGAACUGCUUGUGCUGCUUCAUAUGAAAGUAUUCACACCCCCUUUUUUUCACAUUUAGUGAUGUUACAGCUUUUUGCCCUCAUCAGUCUUCACUCAAUUCCCAUAAUGACAAGGUGAAAACAGAAUUUUAGCAUUUCUGCAAAUGUAUUAAAAAGGAAAAACUGAAAAAUCACAUCGUCAUAAGUAUUUACCCCCUUUGCUAUGACUAUUGAAAUGUAGCUCAAGUGCCUCCCAUUUCUCUUGAUCAUCUUUGAGAAACCUUUCUUGAAGUCCACCUGUGGUAAAUCUACACACACCUGUGUUGCCAGGCACACACCUGUCUAUAUAAGGUCUCACACCUGUGUAGCCAGGCACACAUAGGUCUAUAUAAGGUCUUACAGUUGACAAUGCAUAUCAGAUUAAAAGCCAAGCCAUGAGGUCAAAGGAACUACCUGCAGGGCUCAGAGACAGGAUUGUGUCUAGGCACAGAUCUGGGGAAAGCUACAAUAGAAUAUCUGCGGCAUUGAAGGUUCCCAAGAGCACAGUGACCUCCAUAAUUCUUAAAUGGAACAACAAGUUUGGAACAACCAGGACUCUUCCUAGAGGUGGCCAUCCAUCCCGAACUGAGCAGUCGGUGGGGAAGGCCCUCCGUAAGAGAGGUGACCAAGAACCUGAAGGUCACUCUGGCUGAGCUCCAGAGAUCCUGUGUGGAGAUUGGGGGGAAACUUCCAGAAGGACAACCAUCACUGCAACACUCCACUGAUCUGGGAUUUAUGGCAGUGUCUUCUCAGUGAAGGACACAGGAAAACCCGGUUGGAGUUUGAAAAAAAGCACCUAAAGGACUGACAAUGAGGAAACAAGAUUCUCUGGUCUGAUGAAACCAAGAUUGAACUGUUUGGCUUAAAUUCUAAGCAUCAUAUCCGGAGGAAACCAGGUACUGCUCAUUGCCUGCCUAAUACCUAACCCACGGUGACGCACGGUGCUGGCAGCAUCACGCUGUCGGUGCUUUGCAGCGACAGGGACUGGGGCACUGGUCAGGGUUCAGGGAAAAACUGACUGGAGCAGAUUUCAGAGGGCAAAGUCCAGAGCACUCAGGACCUCAGACUGGACUGUAGGUUCAUCUUCCAACAAGAAAAUGACCCUAAGCACACAGCCAAGACAACUCUGUGAAUGUCCUUGUGGGACCCUUGAGUGGCGCAGCCAGAGCCCUGACUUUGAACCCAAUCGAACAUCUCUGAAGAGGCCUGAAAAUGGCUGUCCACUGACGGUUCCCAUCCAACCUGACAGGGCUUGAGAGGAUCUGCAGAGAAGAAUGACAGAAAAUCCCCAAGUCCAGGUGUGCAAAGCUUUCACGUUAUACCCAAGAGGCUCGAGGCUGUAAUCGCUGCUAAAGGUGCUUCAACAAAGUACUGAAUAAAGGGUCUGAACGCUUGUGGCGCUGUGAUGUCAGUUUUUUCUUUCUAAUUAGAAAGGUAAAGGGGGCUGAAUGCACUGUAUAUUUUAUCUGUAUGCUUCUGAGGAAUUCCAUCUAUGGUGGUGUUGCAGGGAUGCUCUUUCAGUUUCAGGAUGUAUAGGUCUUUUAUGGUGUGCCUUUAAGAUUAGAAUAUGUUCAUGUGUUUUUUAAUAAUGAGGGUAUCAUUAUAAUCAGUAUCCUACUUCAGACAAUGUUAGACAUUUGUUUUGGUUAUUUUAUUUGUAUUUACAAUUCUUGAGUCAUUGAAGUUUUCCAAUAUGUUGGAUCACACAAUGGGAUUUCUGGCUUAUUUUUCUUUGAUACAAAAGGGUGUAGCUUUUGAAGAACAUUAACCAAAAAAAAAAAACUUAAAAUCUACUGUAUUGUACACAGACUGUCUAUAUUGUUUUCUAAAGAUGUAUUCAAGACUAUGUUUUGGAUUGCAGUUCCAGUCUCUUGCCAGUGGCUGCCCGUGUCUCCACUGCCCUAGCCUCCUAGCGCCCCUUAUCCCUUCUACAGCCCUGCCCACGGUGAAGACGCCCAGGGGACACGAGCUGGGGCAGCAGAACAUGCUCACAUGGAGCACAGAGACUUAGUCAUAAGUCAUGCGUCCACUUAAAUGAGAAUGACGCCUUGGCUGUUGACAGCGUGCUUAAGCAGAAGUGUCAGUCCAGCUGUAUGUGGGACACUGGGAAGAGGAACAGUCCCAGCUUUGGCAACAAAUGACAGUAAUCUUUCAUAACAGGUGUCGUCGCAGUGUAACACCGCUCACCGCAAGGCAAAGCGCUGUUCUGUACUGAUAGUAAAGUGGCAGGCCUGCUUGCUUUUAUGCUCCCAGACAUAGUAAACACGCUAGAAAAACACCUGUGCUGGUGUCUGCUGUGGUAAAGUUUGAGGAAAAGUUACACUCGGAUUCGAGGGACAUGCAGAAAACCAUAUAGAUAUAAAUAAAGCUCUGGUCAUAUUGUAAUCCGGGUAUUAUAUAACAUCUAACUUUGAUGGAGGGAUGUAAAGCUGUCUGUUGCGAUGUAGCUUAAUGCUGCAGAUAAUCAUUCUCAUUGUUAGUGGGCUAAAGUUAGUAACAGCAAAUGGCCUUUAGGAUUACAAAUGUUUUAAAAUAUAUUACAUGGCCUAAAGUAUGGGUUUCUGUGUUUGGGACGUAUUGUAGUUGUCAUAUCAAUGUUGAAACUACCUGCUCAGUUUCAUUUCUAUUCAAGAAACACCUAGUGAAAUAAAAUGUAAGUAAUGUUCGUUUCUUUUUUAUUAUUCUCUGCAAUCUCACAGAACAUAUAAAAGAUAAUGAUUUGAAUUGAUAUAAUAUAUUUGUAUGCGUUUUGUAUGUUUUUUAAAUAACAGGAAUUGCAGCAUAGUAACAUUACUUUGAAAUGCAUUGUAUGUUUCCUUUACUUUUGAUAUAGUCUCUCAUACAUUUAUUGAGCUUUAUUCUGUUUGCUUUGGUUUGAUUAUAAGUAUUUUGUGUAAAGAUUAACAUAAGAUUGGCACUACUAUCAUAUAACGUUUUUAAUUUUUUUUCAAAUGCAAAUAUCUAUUUUCAUUAACAAUUCAUAACGGUUUUGGUGUGGUUUGUAUUUGAAUUCAGGCACUUAGAGCACGUAAUAUCAACGGGGAGCUUACGAAGAAUUUGGCGCGUUGUUUUGGAACCGCUAUCUUCAGUGGGUGGAAAGCAGGCGCUUGUAAGGCUUCCAAAAAGACAGCAAUUUAAUUUCCCCGAAAUUAAUGAGAAGAGUUUAGUUUAAAAGACAUUUAAGGAAACAUUUUGUCCCCCAGUUGUGGCCAUAUUGCAUAAGAUUUAAUCUGACUGCAAAGUUAGUGAUGUUUGGGAUGAUCUGUUAACUGUGCGUGGAAUUAGAGAACUGUAAUAGAGGAUCAUGUGGCUCGCGGUGGAGAGGACGUCUGCGCGGUGGUGAGGCACCGGAGAAUGCUCUUAUAUGCCGUCGAUAAGAAAAAACCUCAAAAUGCCCACAUUCUCGGUGAUGUACAAAGGAGCUGUCAUGAUCAGACACUCAUGGGUCCGUACGGCGCCGACCGGGCUGUUCAUUCCAUGGAAUUCACAGACUGUGAGAAUGGAUUAGGGAUCAAAGUCAUUGGAGGAGUAAAGGAAAUGACUGGGGAGGAGUUUGGAGUCUACGUCAAAAGGAUUUUACCAGGUGGCCUUGCUUCAAUUGAUGGGAACUUACAAGCAGGAGACCAGAUCCUGGAGGUGAACGGAGAGACUUUGAUAGGAGUCACCAGUGAAAGGGCGGUAGACGUUCUCAGAUCAGCGUCUUCAACCAAUCACAUGCGCCUUCUAAUCGCAAGGGAUGACGAUGCCAGGAGAGAAUUCACAGAGCUUCUGGAGAAGUACGGCUCCAACAGCAGCACGGGGUCGACGCGGAACUCGCCCAAUCAGCAUGUAGGCAGAUACCUGGACAGCUCAUCAUCUGGCUCGUCGUCGAGAUCACAGAGUCCUCUCCUGCUCAGCCCUGCAGGAUCUCAGAGCAACUACAACACCACAGGACCUCUACUGCGCUCGCUCAGCCACCCAGGGGAGGGUGUGAUUCAGCUGGUCUCAUUGGCUCGGACCUCCUGCAGCCUGGGCAUCACUCUCGGUGGCGGCUCCAACAGACCUGAUGGCCCAGCAGUUUUCAUCCAGGAAGUACUGUCUGGAGGAGACUGCCACCGGGAUGGCCGCUUGAGACCAGGAGACCAACUUAUCGCCGUUAACAAGGAGUCCUUGAUAGGGCUGACCCAUGAAGAAGCCAAAAUCAUGCUCAAUAAAGUCAAAUUCAGCCAAGAAAGUGUGGUGGAGAUUGCCUUCAUCCCGGGGAAAGGCCUCUUCCCCAGCACUGCUUCCCUGCAUAACGGCGUCCAGAGAGGGGUGGGCAAUGGCUACAGCUCCUCCCGGUUAAAAGUGCAUGUCCGGUCUCCAGAGAUCUUCCCAGAAGAACCUGUCCAAGUGCCUUCAUCCUCCCCCGAAAUAUGCCAACCAGAUGUUCAUGUCGUAGGCACAGGCUCUGUUGCUGCCUGUGAACUCAGUCAAAGAGACCAGUCAUCCAUCGAGGCAGAGAGUCGGAGAGGAUCCUCAGCGUCUUCGAGACCCGCCACCGUAGCCAAACCCAAGAUCACCCUGGAUCCCCACAUACGCCUCAAGUCAGAGAAGCUCGACUUGGCGCUGUCUUACCUGGGCCUGGACGUCAGCGAGGAGAAGAGACAGUUGCUGAGACAGAGCCUCGCCACCGACCCCCAGGGGACCGUGUCAUAUGGAGACUUUGUGGAGGCCACACGCAUGGCGUUCCCAGAGAAGCUGGAGGAAGCAGGCCUGUCGCAGGGUCCCUUCAUGUUCUCCUACCAGGAAGCAGCGAGUCUGAUGGACACCUCGGCCUUUCAUUCUCCAGUGAGUUCGACGUAUGAGACGGAGUGCCGCUACAGCACUGAGGAGCUGGAACACUUUCAGAAGGAGGUGAAGCAGCUCCAGCAGCACAUGCAGCAGCUCCAGAUGCUCCUGAAGGACACGGAACACAGCAAGAAAGCCCUGGAAGAUGAGCUCCAGAAGACCACCGAGAAGGCCACAGCAACGGUGGAGGAGAAUAAGAGUCUGAAGACGAAGCUGCAGGUGGCGGAGUCGGAGGCAGAAGCAGAGGCAGGGCCGAGGCAGUCCAACAGCGCUGAGCAGGACUACGAGGAGGUGAUCCAGCUGCUGGAGGCCGAGAUCAGAGACCUAAAGAACCAGCUGGCUGGCCAGAAGCAGAGGGGCCUGGAGGCCACUAAGGAGGACGUGAUGGAUCUCAACAGGAAGCUCUCAUCCAUUGACAACCAGCUGAGGAGGUCAGAGCUGACGCGCAAACACCUGGAGGUCUCCAACAAGAAGCUGCUGGUGUUCGCUCAGAAUGUACAUAAAGUCCUCUCCACCACAACGUUAUUUGGGAUGGAGAACGGGAGCUGUCGGUCAUCCCCGGCUGCCGAUAGUCCAGACACCCCAUCGCCCAUCCCUGACUCUGCCUGUCAGCUGGCAGCCGAAGCCAAGGAGCUGGUGGAUGGCGUGUGUUCUCUGUGUGUGGAGACCCCAGUGGUGGAGGUGCGGUGCGAUGCUGAGGAGGCUGGGAAGGAGAGCUGCACAGACCAAUCAACUCUGUGGCCACCACCUCCAGACAAGGAGUGUCUCUAGAUGAAUGGAUACAAAGGAAAUCACUUCCUGAAGUUAAGUUGGCUCAGAGGAUAUGGCACUAACUGACCUGAGACAAACAUGUAGAGGCAGAGACUGAAGCUUUGAAAUCCUGUUGAGAAGUUAACUAUAAAUGUUAGUUGAAAGCUUUAUUUUUUCUGGAUUGCUUUACUGAUUGAAGGCUAUAUAGAGGAUUUUUUUUCUAAUACCACUGUAUCUUGUAA